AGAACCUCUCUCCAAACAACAAACGAAAAGAAGCGACUUUUGCCUCUUUUGGUCUCUCCCCUUCUCCAGGGGAUCUGCUCUCUCUAUCUCUCUCUCUCAAUCUGUAAGAAGGAUCCCACUUCAGAGUAAAAACCCUAACUUUACUUGGGAAAUUCUUCAUCUAUCGUCAUCAUCCAUGGCUGAUCAACAAACCCUAGAUUCGUCUACUCCUCCUACUCAAUCCGAUGAUCUAUCUCACUCCCACUCUACUUCCUCUACUACUUCAGCUUCUUCUUCAUCAGAUCCAUCGCUCUUAAGGUCUCUCUCCUUAAGUCGACUCAACGCCGGAGCUCCUGAGUUCGUUCCUGGUCGAACUACUCCUCCGCUACCUCAACCUCCGAGGAUGAUUAUCCCACCUCCUCCACCACACGGUAUGCUUCAUAUGUAUCACCACCAGCCUCCUUUCAAUACUCCGGUUCUUGGUCCUGUUCCAAUCCAGCCUCACUUGGUUCCUGUUCAAAAUCACCAUCCUCAUCAUCGCUUUCAUCAUCAUCACAAUCGUCAUCAGAAUCAGCAGUAUGUUCCGGUGAGGAAUCACGGAGAUUAUCAGCAGCGUGGUGGUGAGCAGGAACCGGAUUUGGUUCCGAAGAAGAACGAUCGGAGAGAUCAUAGUAAGAGAGAAUCUAAGACCGACCAAGCAACUGAAACUGGAGCUUCUGUUUCUAUAGAUUCGAAAACUGGUUUACCUGAAGAUUCUAUCCAGAAGAUUGUGAAUCAGGUUGAAUACUAUUUCAGUGACUUGAACUUGGCGACCACAGAUCAUCUCAUGAGAUUCAUUUGCAAGGAUCCUGAAGGAUAUGUGCCUAUUCAUGUUGUUGCAUCGUUCAAGAAAAUUAAAGCUGUCAUUAACAGUAAUUCUCAGCUUGCCGCAGUGCUACAGAACUCAGCAAAGCUUUUUGUUAGUGAAGAUGGAAAGAAAGUGAGACGCAUAAAUCCGAUCACUGAGUCUGCUAUAGAAGAGCUCCAGUCUCGCAUUAUUAUUGCUGAGAAUCUACCUGAGGAUCAUUGCUACCAAAAUCUGAUGAAGAUUUUCUCAACUGUUGGAAGUGUGAAGAACAUCCGUACCUGCCAGCCACAAAAUAAUGGAAGCAGUGCUCCACCCGCAGCAAGAUCAGCAGCCAAAAGCGAUGGUACGCUUUUAAGUAACAAGGUCCAUGCUUUUGUUGAGUAUGAGAUGGUUGAACUAGCCGAGAAAGCAGUUGCCGAGUUAAAUGAAGCGGGAAAUUGGAGGAGCGGUCUUAAAGUCCGGUUGAUGCUAAAGCAUCAGAUAAAGGAACCAAAACAAGGUCAAGGGCGAGGAAGAAAAGGACAUGAUGCAGAAGUAGAACAUGAGGAAGAUGAUGCUACAACAUCCGAGCAGCAGCCGAUUGAGAAACAAUCUGAAGAGUGUUCUGGGGAAUGGGAUACACAUAUGCAAGAGCAGCCAAUUAUAGGAGAGGAUCAAGGGAAUGAGAAAGCGGGUGGGCAGAGAAAAGGGCGUAACAGAGGUAGAGGAAAGGGACGAGGACGAGGUCAACCACACCAGAACCAGAACCAGAACAACAACCACAGCCACAACCACUACCACAAUGGGAGAGGAAAUCAUCAUCAUCAAGUGGGAACACCACCUUCAAACAAUCCAAUGAACAACAUGGAGCAACCAGGCAUGGGGAAGCAGCAACCACCUGGACCACGAAUGCCUGAUGGGACGAGAGGAUUCUCGAUGGGACGGGGAAAGCCGGUCAUGGUUCAGGCAGAGUGAUCCAGAGCUGUUUUGAAAAGGAGGUGAUGUGAAAGGUUCAAAAGGGAGAUAAAUAGAGAGAGAGCAAGAGAGAAAGAGAGAGAUUUAUCCUUCCCGUGGGGAAUGGUUUAGUUUUGCAGACUUUAUAUUUGUCUUACUUGGAAAUACUUUUUAAUUACGCUUCUCUUACAAGGAAAAAAAAAACAUUUUCCUCAUAUAGUGUACGUGUAAUGAAACAGCAAUUUCAGUUAAUAUUUUGUCCCUAAAAUGCUUUUAUUAUGAAAUAAUGAAAUU